AUGGCAAGGAAUCGAUGCCAUGAGGGCGUUAACCCCUUUAUAAAGCCGGAAGACCUGCACUUAUGGCUCAUAUCUCUAUCGCUUUUGAUGAUUCUCACUUCCAGUCUUUCUUUCGCAUCUCAACAAUUUCGCCUAGGAAACGACCCUCCGUGGGUUGAUUUUGCAAUCCUCGUCAACUGGGGAAUUGUUUUUGGCGCUUGCGUCAUAAUGUGGUCUUUGGCGCGCACAAUGGAUAAUGAGAAGGCGGAGUGGAAACUGCUGUACUUGUCUAUGGCUUCCGUGUUGGUGCCUCGGUCUUGUUUUCCACUACGAUUCGGCGAAUGCGUCAUGCAUGAUAUGUGCUUCGCGGGAUUCAACUUCUUCAUUGACAACCCAUCGUGGAAGACACAUGUCUGCUGCGGCUUUGCGGUGGUAGUAGUAACCAUAUCUGAUUUUGCUUGGGGAACACUACCCCCCUUGUUUGUAGUAGUAAAAGCAGUUUCAGCAGUGGUGACAGUGGGAAUCGGGUACAUGGGGUACCAAAUCGUGCAAGUUUUUCAUCGGAAUCUUCGAGAAGCAAAACGUCCCACUUUACCGAUGAGCUGCUCCUUUACAACUGCUGCGGAGUGCAAAGAAAAGGGGAGGUCUAACGGACUGUCAAUUCAUCCAAAAAGAGAGACGUCAUUCAGUCUUCCCCACAGAGACUGUCGACGCCGAAUCCGGAUCUUCAACCGAGCGCGCGCCUCCGCAAUUAGGAGCAAACACGUAUUACUCACAAAAUGCAGCGGCAUUGCUGUACGUUCAGGUCGCCAACGUCCCCAUCUGUGUGCAGUUUCCUCUAAUAGGGUCGAUGUGCGUCGUUAUUGGACGACCCUGGACAACUACGCGUCGUUGUUCUUCCAAGCUGUACAAAGGCGUCUCAUUUUGUGUAAAGACGACAUGCUACGUUAUGUCACCGAAAUUGAAGAUUCGGGCGUUUGGAGCAAGGAUAAGGAACCCCAGCUGUUUGUUGUGCCAAGUUGCCAUUACGGCUAUGUUGACUCCAAGUGGUACUUGGACAUGAGCUUACCCCGACCGUUUCGGGGCUAUUUUUGCCAUUCGUUUCGUGCUGGCACUAAGAGCAUGCAUUUUAUGCCUGCGGCACGCGCAUCCCCUGAGCAAGCUGUUCCCGAUGCGGCUAUCGCUUGGACGACUUCAGCGACUCCAACUUACACAGCGUGCAUGGGCUUUGAUUCAGUCGAAGCUAUGAGGAGGUAUCGGUCUCUAUUCCGUAGCUCAGUAUCUGCUGAGCACAGUCACAAUGACCAGUGUAACUCAUGUGAAAAUGGCACACUGGCUUCUGCACACCCGUGCAGGAAAGAUAGGCAUCAAACUUGCAGGCAGCAGGGCUGCCCUCAACCAGGGGAAAGGAACAGCGGUGCAGCAGAAUCCGCUGUAAUUAAACUACAGCAAAAUCACGACUCUGUCCUUCACAAGGAAGACCAAUCAAAAGCAGGAAGAGUGACCGAUUUCGUUGGACAUGAUGAUUCCAGCGGCCGUUGUAAUGAUAGGAUUCAUUGCACUCAAAGGACUUGUGGAGAUUGCGACUCAAGGUGCUUCCUUAGGUCAAGGCGCCUUGCAUGGAAGCUCAACGCGUCAGAACCGACAAAGUGUGCCAUGACAUUAAAUCGCCCUUGCCUCCAUGCAGAGAGCCAGUGGUGCGGCUGUCUGAAGCACCCUUCAGCUCAAGAGAGCAACAGAAACCCAGAAUGCAGAGAGCCGUACGGCGGAUUGGGGAUCCGAGAGGAGACUGUUAUGCCGAGAAUGACGCUGGGAAAGUUUGAAGACAGCGCGAUUGAACGCUGGUAUCUCCUCUGGCGGGCUGAGUGCGUACCUGGCUUCUACAAGGAAAUCUCCAACAUCAAUUUGCUGAUCUGUGGCCUACAAUGUAUAUUUGAAGUGCUGAAGGGUUUCGCCGUAGAAUGCUUUGGCCUUGCAGUCGAUAAGAACCAUGCCACCACGGACCAAUUGGAGUUCCUUGGCCUAGUCAUUCAGAAGCCUUCAUGGGGGUUGAUUUUAUCUGCGUUGUGCAAACCUUUGCUGGAGUUCGGAAUUCUAUCGGCACUCAUAAUACCUAUGAAGUUUAUGGAGAGCCGUGGUGCAAGAGAUGCAUGGAAGUUUCAGCUUCUAGGGCUUGGGCAGGCAGUGACAUACAUGAUAUUCACGUUUUGCGACUUGUCAAGGAGAAGCUUCACGAUCUCUAAAGGGAUGCAUGUUACCGAAGCAACUAAAAUCCCCAAGGGAAUGGAUGCCAAUUUUGUCGUUGGUGGCCACCUCAUACUCCCCAUGUUUAUCGUAGCCCUCACUGUGCACCUGAGACGCAUCCCAGAGGCUACUAUCCUCUUCACCUCAGCAACUUCGGCGGUCGUGACGGUAGUAAUUCUGUCGAUCGUGGGAUGGGAGUUCAAAGUUGUAGCAUUCCUGAUGCUGUCUCGCAUUCAGUAUUCCCUUUUCGCCAUAAUGGUGGCGAGGGCAUUUGAAAAUGUAAGAAGGAAGCUCUUCUCAACUCAGGUUCUUCCUUUUCUGAUGUACUUGUCUACGUUGGCGAACAGCCAGCGAGUAAAAAGCAUAUGCGCUCUAAGGACAGAACGGCGCCGGUGUGGUUGCCAGCACAUUGGAAGGCAUUGA